CCUAAUAACAACUCUUAUUAUAAUCUUCCGUUAGUCUUAUAAGUUACUAUAGUUCCAAAACAAUCCAAAUUACGUAUAUAGAACACGUACCCAACAUCAUGAAUUUGCUUUCCAUUUAAUUUUUUUUUUCUAUUUUUCAAACACAAAACAUUGAAAUAAAGCUUUUUUUUUUUUUUUUGGUACUGUUAUAUUUUCUCUGAUUCAUAUAUAUUAAUCACCACUAUGGGGAUUCAUGAGAAUAAACUUUCAAAUUCAUCAGUGAGACUCAAAUACGUGAAGCUUGGUUACCACUACAUGGUCUCCAAUGCCACGUACGUUUGUCUCCUGCCACUGAUAAUAGCUUUGCCUCACCUUUUCCACGACCAAUUCCUACACAUUUUCCAUCACCAUGAUCUCAUAACCCCAUCAUCAUUGAUUGCCCUUAUGAUUUUUCUGGCAACCCUUUACUUUGUUCUUCGUCCGCGUCGAGUUUACCUGCUCGAUUUCGCAUGCUUUAAGCCCCAACCGGAGCUUAUGUGCAGUGGUGAGACUUUCAUUCGGCAGUCAAAGCUUGCCGACUGCUUUUCAGAAGAAGCUUUAGGGUUUCAGAAGAAGAUUUUGGAGAAGUCCGGGUAUGGACCGAAGACUUAUGCGGCGGAGACGCUGUUGGAGGUCCCGAUGAAGCCGUCGAUAGCCGCUGCGAGGAAGGAGGUGGAGAUGGUGAUGGUCGGAGCAAUAGACCAGUUGUUGGCUAAAACCGGAGUGAAUGUUAAGGACAUUGGGAUUCUUGUGGUUAAUUCUAGCAUGUUUAAUCCAAUUCCAUCUCUGUCUGCUAUGGUUGUGAACCGUUACAAGCUUAGGGGGAACAUUUUGAGCUAUAAUCUUGGUGGGAUGGGUUGCAGUGCUGGCCUUAUUGCUAUUGACCUUGCUCAGCGCCUGUUACAGGAUGCAGCCAACUCUCACGCCCUGGUAGUAAGCACAGAAAGCAUGACACUAAACUAUUACCGCGGAAACAACCGCUCGAUGCUCAUAUCAAACUGUCUAUUCCGCCUCGGCGCCGCCGCCAUCCUCUUAACCAACCGGUUAUCCGACCGCCGCCGCGCCAAGUACCAACUCAGGCACACCGUUCGCACUCACAAGGGCUCCGAUGACAAAUCCUAUGAGUGCGUAUUCCAACAAGAAGAUGAAGAAGCUCAAAAAGUGGGAAUAACACUCUCGAAAGACCUACUCUCCGUGGCUGGAGAGGCAAUCAAAACCAACAUCACAAUGCUAGGUCCUCUGGUUCUUCCCAUCUCCGAGAAACUCCUUUUUCUCGCGAACCUAAUCGGAAGAAAGGUCUUGAAGAUGAAGAUGAAACAGUACGUUCCGGAUUUCAAGACGGCAUUCGAGCACAUUUGCAUACACGCAGGUGGUAGAGGAGUGCUUGAUGAGCUAGAGAAGAAUUUAGGCCUAACCCAAUGGUUCAUGGAGCCUUCAAGAAUGACUCUUUAUAGGUUCGGGAAUACCUCAAGUAGCUGUUUGUGGUAUGAGCUUGCUUAUAGUGAAGCUAAAGGAAGGGUUAAGAAAGGUGAUCGGAUAUGGCAGAUUGGAUUCGGAUCCGGGUUCAAAUGUAAUAGUGCAGUUUGGGUUGCAUUGAGGACUGUUGAUCCGAGGACGGAGAAGGGUAAUCCAUGGAUGGAUGAGAUUGAUGAGUUUCCUGUUCAUGUCCCUGAAGUUUCACCUAUUCUCAUCUAAAUUAAUAUCAUUAAUUAGUCUUUAAAAAUCUUAGGCAAUAUAUAUAUAUAUAUAUAGAUUAUGUCAAAAAAAAAAUAAAAAAAUGCAAGGCUUAAAAUAAAACGAGGAACACAAAAGUUUUAGACUGCUAAUUGUCAUCUAAUAUUGUAUUCCCGCAUCAAAAUUAUUAUAAUAUACAAUAAGUUUCUUUUCAGAUCCACCAAAUAAUAUUAUACCAAAGUGUUUAACCUUAACCGUUGAAUUUGGUAAGAUUAUAUCAUUGUGUUGAGCAUAUAUUUGUUUUAAAUUAAAUAUAAAAAGUUGAUUACAUAGGUCUUUAAUGUAA